CAAAAUUCGCCGUUUUUGAGCGAUGCUUUCACUCACUCCUCCUUUUUUACUAUUAUUUUUCACAAGCACUCCAGAAUGUCUGUGAAGCCUGGCAGUCACGCCGUCGACCCCGAAGCCGCAGCAGAGCCCUCCGGCCCCCUGUUCAAGGACCUCCGCGCCGACGGCGAGCCCGACAUUACCGAGAUUGAGUCGCUCUGCGUCAACUGUGAAGAGAACGGAACAACGCGCUUGCUGCUCACCAAGGUGCCCUUCUUCCGCGAAAUUAUCAUCAUGGCGUUCGAGUGCCCCCACUGCGGCUUCCGCUCCAACGAAAUCCAGUCAGGAGGUGUCAUUCAACCUCGUGGCUGCAAGACGUCCAUCCGAGUCUCCACACGCAAGGAUCUCAAUCGCGAGGUCGUCAAGUCGGAUUCGGCCACCGUCUCUGUGCCCGAGCUCAACUUUGAGAUUCCCGCUUCAACCCAGCGCGGUGUGCUGAACACGGUCGAGGGUUUGCUGCGCAAGUCGAUCGAAGGCCUUGCUCAAGCUCAGCCACAGCGAUAUAUGGUAGACCCCGAGACUGCCGCCAAGGUCGCCGAGUUCAUUGGCCGCCUUGAGAGCUUGCUCGAUUGCGAGACACCCUUCACCUUUAUCGUGGACGAUCCGGCAGGCAACAGCUUCGUUGAAAACCCUUGCGCCCCCGAGAAGGACCCGACCAUGACGGUCGAGUACUACGAGCGCACUGCAGAGCACAACGAGGCGCUUGGCAUGAACGUCUCCGAGCAGCCAGCGCCAGAGGUCGACCAUGUUGGCACGGACGAGGUCAUGGUCAUCCCCUCCAACUGCAACCACUGCCAGAGCCCCGUUGAAAUGCGCAUGAAGAACGUUGACAUUCCUCACUUCAAGGAGGUGAUUAUCAUGGCCAUGAACUGCGAGGCUUGCGGUGCCAAGACGAACGAGGUCAAGACUGGUGGUGCGAUUUCGGACAAGGCCAAGCGCAUCACUUUGCACAUUACCAGCGCUGACGAUCUGAGCCGCGACAUGCUCAAGUCGGACACUGCCAGCAUUGCUAUUCCCGAAAUCGAUUUUGAAUCCGAGGCGGGCACUCUUGGUGGUCGUUUCACGACCAUUGAAGGCCUUCUCCAGCAGGUCAAGGAUGGGCUUUCGGGCGACAACCCCUUCGCCAUGGGCGAUAGUGCCGUCCAGCAACACUCUGGUGAUUCCUUUGGUGACAAAAUGCGCACUUUCUUGGAGCGUCUUGACAAGGUCAUGGCGGGUGAAAUCGAUUGCCACUUUAUUUUGGACGACCCUUGCGGCAACAGCUACCUCCAGAACCUCUAUGCCCCUGAUGCCGACCCAGAGAUGACCAUUGAAGAGUACGAGCGUACCUUUGAGCAGAACGAAGAGCUCGGCCUCAACGACAUGAAGACCGAGGGCUACGAGCAAGACGAUGACGAUGUCAAGGAGUCUGCAUGACGCAAAGAUGUUUGACCGUUGUUUCUUAGUCUUGAUAUCCAUCGAUAGCAUCGUUAAUGUCCAUUUCUUUUGUGUCUGCUUUUUUUUGGUAACUCUUGAUUUUCCCCUCCCCCUCCCUUCUACAUCGUCCCGUUGCAUGCAGCAAUGCUCAAUCUGGUCAAAUGUACACAGUGAAACUUUGAAACACAGUGAAACUUUAUCCACAGA